GAAAUUUGAACUGCGCCCUCUUUAGCGUCUGUGUUGUCGUUGGCGACAGAUACGUAAAUUUUUAACAUUAUAUCCAAGUUGUUUUGAUUUUCAUUCUACAAUUUUUGUGCGAUUUAAAAAAAAUUUCAAACUUUUAUUGUUUUUAAAUUAUAUUAUUGUGGACGAUGGGUAGUAAAAAGACGUCGUACAAGUCAGGAGAUCUUGUAUUUGCUAAAGUUAGGGGAUAUCCGCCUUGGCCAGCAAGGGUUGAACCUGAAGCUCCCCCGGGAAAAAAAGUCCCCAAAAAUAAAUAUCCCAUAUUGUUUUUUGGAACCUAUGAAACAGCUGUUUUAGCUGCUAAGGAUCUAUAUCCAUAUGAGCAAUAUAAGGAAAAAUAUGGGAAACAACAAAAGCGAAAAUUUUUUAAUGAAGGCUUGUGGGAAAUUGAAAAUAACCCAACUGCUAAACCUGGAACAGGUCAUGUGACCAUUAAGACUGUAGAAAAACCUGAUUCGCAAGAAGAUGCUGUUAGUGAUGAAGAUGAAAAGCUGGUAAUUGAUGAAAAACCCAACAAAGAAGAGAAAGAUUCAAGUUCUCAUAAAAGGAAGAGUGAGCAUAAAGAAUCCAAGAAAAGUAAGAAAGCCAAAAUUGAAAAAGAGGCUUCAGCUGAUGAAGAUGAAAAUGAUCAGUCCAGUGAUGAAAAUUCAAAGAUCGAGAAGAGCAAGAAAGACAAAGCUGAUGGUGACAAAAAAGGUGCUCGUUCAGUUAAGCGCAAGAAAUAUGAUGCUGAUGAUGAAUUGGAGAAAGAGGAUGAAGAUGAAGAGAAAAAUGGAGAUUCUGAUGCCAAGACUGAGAAAAAGGAAGAGAAAAAGUCCAAGUCGAAGAAAGAUAAAGAAAGUAAAAAGCAUAAAGAAAAGCAUGGAAAGAGCAAAUCAUGAGCAACCGUCUUUUAUGUUUUGCAUGCAAUUCAAAAUUUCAGAGUUCUCCAUGCCUUUUUGAACAAUUUUAUUUCAGUACAAAAUGGAUAAUAUUUUGAAACUGUUAUAUUAGUUAUUUAUCAUAUAUCAUAUCCAGUUGUUUUCAUUUUUAAUGUUUUUAGUAUUGUAUUCAUGAAAUAAAAGUUUUAUUUUAGUAGAUCCAUUGUCUGUUUUAGUUGUUGUAGAAUUUAUUUUAAUAAUUUUUAUUACUAAAUAUUUUAAAUUAAGAGUUUUCAUAUAUUUAUUGAAUCUAAUUCCAAUACUAAUAUUGUUUGUUGAUUAUCAUUCUGUAGUGAAGUAUUCAUUAUUAGCUAACAUUCAUCUAUUAUUUAAAUCAUUAGUGCAUCAUAUUGUUUUUAUUUUUUGUUGAAAAUGAUGACUAUUAUAACUAUGAUUUAAAUUUUUUUUUUAUUUUUAUCUUUAAAUUUCUGUAAAAAUACAAACUUGUAACAAUCUUAUAUUUAAUAAAAAUAAAAAAAAAUAUCAAAGUAUUCUUUUUUUGUUCAAGUAUAAUUGAACAUUUAUUCAAAAUUGCAUUUCUUUUGAAGGUUUCCUCAGCAUUGAUAAGGUACAUGUAAAAUUGCCCUUAUUUUCAUUUUAGUAUUCAUUUAUGCUAUGAAAUAAAUGCAAUAUAUACAUUGCCAAUAAUAAUAUUUCUCUCAUGCUGAUUUGUUAUUAUGACAGGUUUCCCAGAAUCAAUUAUCAUUAUGACCCUUCAAGCACUUUCUCAUUAGUAUUACAAUAGUAUCAUUGAAAAUGCUUCUCUUGGAAUUUGUCAUAUCAGCUUUCCAUGUUUGAUUAUGCAUUUCUCUCAUCUUAAGCUGAAAUGUGCUUUCUAAAAGUUGAAAUCAUUUGUAAUACUUCUUAAAAGGUUAAUUAAAACCAAGCAGUUUGAAACUACUUUGGAAUACAUGUCAUUUGAUCAUCAUAUUAUUAUUAUUAUUAAUUUUUUGUCAUUUUUUUUGUAAUAUGGUAAAUAGUACAAAAGAUUUAAUCAAACUUUGGAGCCUAAAAUAAUAAUUAAGGUUAUUUUAAUAAUAAUUAAGGUUCUUUUCCCUUUUGAUUAAAGAAAUAGUUAAUAUUUUGGAUUCAGUUGUAGUAUCUAAAAGUGGCUUAGAACUCUGGAAAUUUGCUUUGCAUGCUCUUUAUAAUUUUAAAAGUAAGAUUCAGUUAAAGAAUGGAUUUUAGAGUAAUUAGCAUGAGCUAACAAUGUUUGCUUCAAUGGUUUAAUUGUCUUUAAUCAUAUAUUAAAUGAAUGUUUCAUACUCAUUUUUUUACUGUAUAUGAGCAUCAUUGGAUGCAGGUUUUUAUAUGUCUUUGAGUCAUGUUAUCAUUAUAUGAAUGAGGCUACAAUUUGAAAUUGUUGCAUUAUAUAUAUACUGUCACCGGUGUUUUCCUCUUGAAAAUCAGUACUGAAAAGAAUGAAAAUUGAAUUGGUUUUUUGAGGAUUGAAAUGUUGAAAUUUGUUUUUGUUGUUAUAAUCGUAAAUGUAAUGUGUACAUUUUUUUUUCCGUUGAUAUCUCUUGAUUGGAAAAACUUGUGAUCACUUAAUUGCACUUUUCUGAAUUUAAUUGUUAAAAAUCAAUGUAAUAAAUUGAUAGAUAAUGUGAUAGAUAUUACUGUGGUUUGUUAAGCUGCUGUUGGAAAAUUUUAAUUCAUACAAUUUUAAGUUUUUAUUUAUAUUUAAAGAUGUCAUGCUUUAGGUCUAUUUUUCAUUAAAUUUGUACCUAGUGUGAUCCCAAACUCAGUAGCUGAUAUUAUAAAUUGCUGUUUUAAUUAUAUCCCAUUCUUAAUUAUUUUUAAUAGGAUGGAUUUUUUUUUUUUUUCCAUUUUUCAUUUACUUGUCUUGCAUUAGUGAUAGUUUUAUUGAUACACCAGUUCUAUUUAGGCUUCCUUAUAUAGCAUUUAUUGUUAGAUUUGUAUUUUGCACGAUAAACUAACUGAAUAAGAUUCCACAUUCUAUAAUGGCUAUUUAUUUUGCUUUGUUAUUGAUUCUUUAAUUCUUUUCAUUAUAAAAGAUACUUCAAGAGAUAUAAUUGAUUAUAUCUCUUGAUGUAUUAAUACGUUAGCUUGGCAAUUUAAGUAACUAUUUAUAGCCAUACUUGGUUCCCUCAUUUAAUAUAAAGAUAGUAAAAAAGUUCUUAAAAAAUUUAUUUUUCGUUAUUUUCACAUAAAUAUAGUGUUACUCAUAUGUGCACAAUCAGCAAAUUGUCCUAAAAUUUUUUAGGAUGUUAAAUUUUCUUUGUCUGCUUUUAAAUUUUUUGCUUUAUGCUUUUGUUUGAAGAUUAAAAUUUGUGUCAAAGCAGCUUUUAUUUAUACUGUGGUCUCUUCAAAAUAUAUCAUUUAUAUAACAUCAAUAUAAAGUCAUCUAUUAUAUGUAUAUCCAUAAUAUAUAUUUAUCUGGAUAUACUUGUACAAAAAUGCUUGGUUUUAAGGUGUGAUCCUGAUUUUGAGAAGAAGAAAAAUGUUUGGAGUAAAAUUUUCUUAUGAUUGAAAUCUCACAGGCAACUGAAGAGCAUUAUUGGGAUUGUAACUUUGAAUUUUAGUCCAACUGUAAAGUUAUUGAUUAUAUUGGACUAAAUGUUUCAUAAAAUUUGAUUUUAAAUUAGUGUGAGAAUUAUCAUGUUUAAAAUAUAGCUCAAAUGAAAGUGAUUAUUAAAAAAAAAUAUUUUUGUCUGUUGUCAAUUGAGACAUGUUACAAUUUCAAAAAUGAGCAUUGAAGCCAUUUAUAUGGACUUGGAUAACUAAUCGUAUGCCAUUGUGAUGCAUUAUGGAAUUAAAAAGAGAAUAUAUUCUUAGGAUUACCAAAUUGUUUAUUGCUAAAAUGCAUGAAAUACAACUAAUAAUCAGAAAUGAGUUUUAUCCUAUCCUUCUUAGGCACCCUGAUUGUUAUCUUGAUAGCCGCAUAGAAAUAAAGGUUUAAAUCGUAAGAGUCAUCAGCAACCAUUGCAUACACUCUCCCACUCCUCCUUCUGCAAUAAGUUUGUCCUAUCAUCAGAGUGGAGAUAAUUCAACCCCAUAUCAUUACUGUAUCCACCAGGGAAGCGAGAAUCUGCUAAUUUAUCCAGCAAAUUCAUACUGGAUACUCAUUGUGCCCGUCUUUCCAUAUUGAGAAAAUAAAGCUGAUGACUUUGAACUUCAAUUAUAAUUUAAAAUGCUUUAAAAAAGCUAUUUUGACUGGAAUCCUGUUUCUUCUGCUUUUAUAUAUUGCAAUAUUAAAAAAAUAAUUGAUGCAUUUAAUAAAAUUAUUUUUUAUAUUUUACUUUUAAAAUUAUUUAGUGUUAUUUUUUAAAUGUAUUCUACUUAAUGGUAAAAUAUUUAUUUUAGUAGUAAUUCUAUAUUAUAUAUUAGUUGCAUUUAUUUAUGGAUUUAUAUCCUUUGAAUGUAGUUUAGUAGAAAGGUUCCUUUGAAGGUUCUUGUACAAAUUAUGGGAUGUUUUCAAUGUUAUUUACUGUCUUCCCAAUAUGAGAAUUACUCGUCCCUUAUAUUUUACUGAUGGCAAUUUUGAUUUUGUAAAGUGAAAUUGUAUGCACAGUAAAGUAAUUUUAUUAAUGAAUUUAUAAAAUUAUUAUUUACUUUGUAUUUGUAGUUAUGAAAGAUUGUGCAGAAGAGGAAAGCUAUUGUAAUGAACUUUCAUCUUUAAAUUUUACAUACUUCUUGUAUUGAAUGAAUUUGUUUGUAGUAUAAAUUAAAUGCUGAAAUGUACUUUUAUACAUGAAUGCAAAGGUAAUAAUUGUCUGGGUGAAUGGGCUUUUAUUUGGAGCAAUGUAACUUAUAUAUUAAAUGAAACACCAAUGAAAAAUUUUGUUAGUCA